UUUACUUGCGUGAAUAAAAUGGGAAUCCGCCUACGCUUUCUCUGAUUCUUUCCUUUUUCUUCUUCUUUUUUUUUGUGUAAAAUUUUUUGUUUGCUUUCGGUUCGUGUUCGUGCGUGUAGUUGGCUAGUUGCGCGAUUAGGAAAAGAUUUUCUCGGAUUCUUGGUGGAUUUUGGAGAGGAGGAGGAGGUGGGCAAAAGGGUCCUCGGAUUAGGAAAGAUUCGUCUUCCCCACCUCCUCAAAUCCUCCGAUUCGGUGGCCGCCGCGCGGAUUUCGUCCGCCAUUUCCGAUCCGAGACGGAGGAGGGGCGCUCGUCUUUGGAUGGUUCCGAUCGACCCAGGGCCAGGGCCGCGAGGGUUUCGCCGGAUCGUCGUCGUCGCCGUCGUCGUCGCCGGGGGGGAGGUGGUGGUGGUGGGUCCAUGGCGACGGGGGAGAAGUCGCCGCGGGCCUUCUCGAUGGAGGAGCUGCCGGGGCACCUCAUCGGGGAGGUGCUGACCUCGGGCCGCCUCGCCGCGGGGGACCUGGCGCGGCUCGAGGCCACGUGCCGCGCGCUCCGCCCGCUGGCCGAGCACGCCGCGUCCAGGCUCUGCGCCGCGCGGGCGGCGUUCGCGGCGCUGGCGCCCGCCGCGCGCGGGGAGCUCCUGGAGCGGUGCGGCGGCAGCUGGAAGAAGGUGCUCAGGUUCCUGCAGCUGGUCGAGGAGUCCUCCGGCACCGUCCACACCUCCUCCGGCAACAUGCAAGUAGCAACAGGGAGAUAUCACACACUUUUGGUCCAUGACUCUUCUGUCUAUUCUUGUGGAUCCAGUUUGUGUGGGGUACUAGGUCAUGGUCCAGAUACAACUCAGUGUCCAGCAUUCAGCCGGAUUCCCUUUCCAUCACUUUCUCGUGUUGUUAACAUAUCUGCUUCUCACAACCAUGCGGCUUUUGUUAUGGAUUCAGGGGAGGUGUUCACUUGUGGAGAUAAUUCAUCAUUUUGCUGUGGUCAUGGUGAGGUGGGUCGAACCGUAUUUCGACCCACCCAAAUAAAUGCCCUAAAAGGAAUUUUUUGCAAACAGGUUGCUACUGGUCUAAGUUUUACUGUCAUUCUUACUGCGGAUGGACAAGUGUAUACAUGUGGAAGUAACACACAUGGCCAGCUUGGUCAUGGUGACACAUUAGACAGGGCUACUCCAAAAUUCAUUGAUUUAUUUGAUGAAGUCCUUGCUCCAGUAGAGCAGGUUGCUGCUGGGGUCAGCUAUACAUUUGCUGUAACGGCUGAUGGAACAGUUUAUUCCUUUGGCUCUUGUACCAAUUUCUGCCUUGGGCACGGGGAUCAGCAUGAUGAACUUCGUCCACGUGCAAUCGAGUCCUUUAAGAGGAGGAAUAUUCAUGUAGUUCGUGUCUCUGCUGGUGAUGAGCAUGCUGUAGCUCUCGAUGCACUGGGUCAUGUUUAUACAUGGGGCAGAGGUUACUGUGGAGCAUUAGGUCAUGGUGAUGAAAAUGACAAAACUAGCCCAGAAUUGAUCAGCAGUCUGAAGAGUCAAGUUGCUGUGCAGGUCUGUGCAAGGAAGAGAAAGACCUUUGUUAUCACGGAUGAGGGCUCAGUUUUUGCAUUCGGAUGGAUGGGCUUCGGGAGUUUAGGGUUUCCUGACAGGGGAUCGUCAGACAAAGUAAUGAAGCCCCGUGUUCUAGACAGUCUGCGUGAUCACUAUGUCUCCCAAAUUAGCACUGGCUUGUACCACACUGUUGCAGUGACAAAUAGAGGCAUCGUGUUUGGGUUCGGGGACAAUGAGCGAGCACAGCUCGGGCAUGAGUACAUCCGUGGUUGCUUAAAACCUACGGAGAUAAUGUUCCAGAAGAGUAUGGAAGAUAUAGUAAUUGCAGCACCGAGCGGGUAAAUUCAACUCCAAAAUGUACCCUUUUGCCCAGUGAUAUGCAUACUGUUUCCAUCCCAGAUUUCUUAUCUGCAAGUGUAUUUCAUACUUAGCUUUCAGUGGUUUGUGAGUAUAUGGUAAACGGGAGAAGAGCAAAGUUGGAGGACAAUGUUGUAGCUAAAGGAGCACAUAGUGUAGUCAUUUGGUUGUGUAUUGAAUAAUUUAACUCGGCCAUUUUCUCAUGUAUAAAAAAAAUAUUGGUGUGAUUAGAGUGACAAAAUUAUUUCUCUCCCCUUGCCCAGUCAGUCAGUUCAAUCAAAUGUUGAACGGUUGGC